AUGCUCGGGUUCUUGCGCAAGACAGGACGCAAGGACUCUAAGUCCGCACCUUCCAUGACGGAAGAUGGCAAGUCUCUGGGCUCCGACUACAACGAGAAGGAUCAUUCGGGAAUGUCCAUCAGCAGCAGCAACCCCGCUGCCAAGGACGAGAACUGGAUCGAUGCUCGCGAUGGAUAUCGCGUCAUGGCAUCGCACCUCUGGAAGUCGUGCAGCAAGCGCAACUUCUUCUCCGAAAAUCCGGAUGUCGCCAGCGGUGUCGCCAUCCGAUUCGCAAAGGGGCAGUACGUGGUCUGCCCCGCUCAAGACGAGAGGCUGGCCCACUUCUGCCGCUCGGUGGCGAUCCUCAACUGCGAAGUGGCGAUGACCAUCACCUCUCCCGUCGUUUCGGCCAUCAACACGCGCCUUGCUCCUGGCACCACGCAGAUUCCCAUCACGCCUUCUCAGCACGUCCAGGUGGUCGACACCAUGGAGCAGCUCGCCGGCGCGAGGAAGGCGCAGAACGCCUGCUUCAUCCGACGCGAGAACACCGUCGUCAUCUGGUGCGAUAACGUCGAGCAAAUCGAAGAGCAAGCCCAAGACCUCGAGCAGAAGAUGAUCAUGUUCAUUUGGAGAAGCUCCUACUCCAACAACACCAGCAACAUCAUCGCUUCGGCCACUUCGGCAAGCAUCGUGGACGCGUCGAUGAGCCAGUUCAACCAGAACCAAGCCAAGUUCCGCUCGCAGUCUGGCACCGGCAACGCUACACCCAUCUACGGUGCCAAGGCGGGCUCUGACGCUGAUUCGUUCGCAGCGUCGAACCCUUUCUCGGGAACCGGCUCACCGGACGACCUUUCGCGACCCUCCUCGUUCCAUGAUGCGGAGAAAAGCGAUCCGGAGAAGCAGGGAGCCUCUGUGACGGAGGAAAGGCCCGUCAACUAUCAAGCGCCGCUUAUGAUCGGUCUGACCAUCGGUCUCGAUGUGGUUCUUUGCUUCUUCUUCAUCUCCAAGCUCUUCCAAUACUCGCUCCUGGACGGCAACUGGUCUCGAAUGGGUCUGGCCGCGGCGGCCCCCCUGAUGUUUCCGGUCAUCAUGUUCUUCUGCUCCAGCGUCAUUUCCACCGUCUUCCAGAUCCUUGGCCCGGUGCGUCAGCUUCACCAAAACUCUCGCUUCUACUCGGGCAAGGCGCCCAAGAGGAUCAUCGGCCAGCUUCCGCACAUCACCAUCCAGAUGCCGGUGUACAAGGAGUCGCUCGAGGGAGUGCUGAUCCCAACCAUCGAGUCGGUCAAGAAAGCCAUCAGCACGUACGAGCUGCAAGGUGGCACGGCGUCCAUCAUCGUUUCGGAAGACGGUAUGCAGCUCGUCUCGGGUGCCGAGCAGGCGAUUCGUCACGAGUUCUACGAGAAGAACAGCAUCGGCUGGGUGGCACGACCGGGUCACGGCCAAGAAGGCUACCUCCGCAAGGGUCGCUUCAAGAAGGCCUCGAACCUCAACUUCACCUGCCGCCUGUCCCUUGCUGUCGAGAAGGCCAUGACGGAGCACCGUCCGCAGACACCUCAAGGUCUCGCUCUUUGGACGGAAGCAGACGAAGUCAGCCUGUACGAACGUUGCUUGACGCAGUGCCUUCCGGAACUCCACCCGCUUGCGCAAGCGAAGGGCAACAUCCGAUUCGGCGAUUUUGUCCUUCUCAUCGAUUCCGAUACGCGAGUACCGGAGGACUGCCUGCUGGACGCCGCCUCCGAGAUGGUGCAGAGCCCUGAAGUCGGAGUGCUGCAGCACUGCUCCGGUGUCAUGCUGGUCUCGGACAGCUACUUCGAGGCAGGCAUGUCGUUCUUCACUCGUCUGGUCAACUUCCUCAUCUCGUUCAUGGUCGCUGCCGGAGACGUUGCGCCCUUCAUGGGUCACAAUGCUUUCCUGCGCUGGUCUGCCAUCCAGGAGGUUGCCUUCGUCGACCCCGAGGAUGGCAUCAGCAAGAUCUGGUCCGAGGCCCAUGUGUCGGAAGACUUUGACAUGGCGCUGCGACUCAUCCAGAACGGCUACAUCACGAGGUGGGCGACUUACUCGAACAACAAGUUCGAGGAAGGUGUCUCGCUGACGUGCGACGACGAGCUGAACCGAUGGCAGAAGUAUGCCUUCGGCUGCGCCGAGCUCGUCUUCAACCGUAUCUGGGAGUGGCCGUACCGAGGACCUUUCACCAAGCUCUUCAGGAGCUUCCUUUGGGGCAGGGCACCGAUGCACUACAAGUUCUCGGCUUGCUCUUACAUCUUCUCGUACUACGCGAUCGCCUGCGGUUUCCCGCUCUGCCUGGGUCUCUACCUUGCGCACGGCUGGUUCUACCCGGUGCUCAUGCCAGUCUACAUGCCGUCGUUCAACAUUUGGGUGUCGGUGGUCUUGGUGUUUACGUGCGCCGGUAACGUGGCCCAGAUCAUCGGUCGGUACCGAGCCAAGGCGGAUACACUGUUCAACCUGAUCAAGGAGCAUCUUGUUUGGAUUCCGUUCAUGUUUAUCUUCUUUGGCGGCCUGUCGUUCCACAUCCUGAUGGCGCUGCUCGCGCAUCACCUGGGCAUCAACAUGACGUGGAGCGCGACGGUCAAGGACUUGGAAGACAGCAACUUCUUCAUCGAGGUGCCGAUCAUCUUCAAGAGGUUCUGGAAGGUGCUCCUGCUCUGCUUUGCCACGCUGGGCGGCAUCGUGGUGCUGCGUCUGCCCAACGUGCUGCCGCUGCAGUGGCAGAUCCAAGAGUUCUUCACCUACUGGCCGCUUCUCCUCACUGCGUUGCUACACGUUCUCUACCCCAUCGCUCUCAACCCUGCUCUGCUCAGGUUCUCCUUCUAG